AUGGCUAACUCCAGCCAUGAUAUCAGCCGCGAUACAGAUAGUCAAGAAAAUAAGCGUUUCGGAAACAGGUAUUACUACGUUAGCUAUGAAGCAAUCAAGCGUGCCUCGGCAACCCAUCUAUUAUUCCCUGCAGCUAGUUGUUACCCGAGAUUAUUACCAAGAAUUUCUAAUUGGGGGGAGCCUUAUUAUCUAGAUGAACGAACGACUCUUUAUUCAAUUCCCAUAACCAAAAUCUCCUCCGUUCUCUAG